AUGGUAACUUCGGUGCCGCGACAGCGUCUGUUGGCUAUGGCAGAAGCGGCCGCCAUCAGGCUACGCCGACCGGUCCUUUGCCCCAAAAAGAAUUUCGUCGCUGCGCCGCAGGUUACUCAAUUCAGCCCGUCAAAGCUCGAAGAUGAAGAACAGCCGGUGCCCCUGCACAGACUGCCCAGCACUGCACAUGUUAGACAACAGUGUUCACGCCUACAGCGCAACCUCUGCCGCUUUCGCCCCAGUCUCAAGGUCAUCAACGAGAGCGGAUACGAGAGGCCACCCGUGGCAUCAUCAUCCUCCUCCUCCUCGCCGCUCUUUGUGCUGCGCUGGAGAGUCUGGGAGGAGGGAAUCACGCUCCUCUUCUCCAACGGCGGCUGGCAGGCCAAUUACUUUCUAGAUCACACCAAGAUCAUUGUCUUUGGUAGGUCGGGAGUAGUGUGCACCCCGAGAGGGCCGGCCAAUGGAAGGUCCGUCAACAGCACCCUCUGGUUCGCGGACAUUUCUGACUGGUUUCACUCGCAUCCCCAACACGGUCUUCAGCUGGCUCGUCCUCUCAGUAACUUUAUCUGA